AUGCUAUUCAACAAUGAAUAUGAAGGUGAAUAUUUUUAUUAUGAUCAAAAAUCUUUCCCACGUUUCUCGUCUGCACAACCAGGUCCAAUGUAUCCCUACUACUCAGAUGAACCUGAUGAUUAUGAUAAGGAAGACAAGUCAUGGUCAAGAAAUGAGUAUGGAAAUGGACCAGAUAUUUAUUGGAAUGCUGAAUCAGAGAAACGGUGUUCACUAUCGUAA